AUUGAAGGCAAUAAAGCUUGAGGUAAAUGAGUUAGUCGUUAACCUACUUCUUGACGUUGAAAACGCGAGUCGACAACCCCAAACGUGACGUCCGGCUCUGAUCACGUGACCCCUAGCCAUUUGCCGUUUGCGGUAUGAAAUGUGGAUCUUAAAGUCUCUAAUAUCGAGGCGUUUGAACGCUAACUUCAGGAACAUCAAUGGCAGUGGUUGCCUCAACAAAUUAUCGGGACGACAAACGAUGACCUGAAUGGAAACAUGUUACCAAAUAUGGACUUAACAAGCAUUGAAGGCGGGUUACGGUUUUCAAGCCCUCUUCUGACUCUUUUGAAAAUUGCUUCAUGCCAAUUUUGACGACGGGGCUCCAUAAAGCUUCUACGACUGAAAUUGAAAAAAUUAAAUAACCGUUACUGAAUUCACUAAGGCUGUUUAAGCAAGUGAAAAGUUUGCUUGUUUAAUGUUGCAGUACUUUCAGAAAAGCUUCAGAUUAUCACACUCUUUACAUUCCUGUUUUCCUAAACCCCCACCAUAAUUAUGCAAAAGGAUAGUUUGAACGCUCGGCGCAUGUCGUGCGAGCUUUGGCGUGAGCAUAAGCUACCUUUCUCGAUUGCUGACUAAACCACUUAAAGUCCAGCAAUUAGAGACAAUAUUUGGGCAAGCACCCCGAAUGAUUUGAUGCAAGAUACUACGAAUUACACAGAAAAUGACGAAUUCAGUAUCAAACAUCGAAUUUGUUAUUCAGUCUGAAGGUUUUACUCUCGGCACACACCAGUAGUUAUUUCCCCGCGUCCGAUUGGUUCAUAAAAAAAGGAAAUGAUUGCAAAAAGAAUUCAUAUAAGAAAUACCACCUAUAUCACAGCGUUUUCGCUACAAACCGCGAAAUUUUCAAAAUUUCCUGUACGAAUCGUCUGCUCUCUCUUGAUUGUUUGCAUAAGCAGUAGAAACAAACGGGUUCACAUUUACAUAACUGCUAGCACGUACGCCGAGCAGUGAAACCACUAUAACAUGACAUAACUGGUAAUUAGAAUGUUCGCGAUAAUCAGUGCCUCGACCUGACUUCUAGCUUCUUCUAGAAUAAAUUUUUAUCUUCUUCAGUAAGGGUUUAAAUAAAGUCUUCCUUAGCGAUAUGAUUAGUAACUACGAAGAAAUAUUACUUGUCCAUCUCACUGAGAUUUUAUGUGAACUGGUUUCUUUGUACAGUUCAAAAGAACAAAUCUAUAUUGUACAACCACAUUGUAAACAAGUUGCAAUAUUUUGGAAAGUGAUUCGCUUGGCGCGGGUAAAGGAAAAAUGCUUGCACAUGGCCUUGAAUUGAGAUGAAAUUUUAGUUGCUCUUCUUCCACAUAACCAGGAAUUUUUAUCCAUUUCUCAGAGCUGAAGUCGUUCGUAAAAACCACGCUCUGUGAUUCGCUCCCAUCCGGCCGACACGCGUCACAAACUCAUCGGCAUAAAUUGAUUGUGAAAUUGCCGUUUUGAAAGUCAACGUCACAAAAACAUGAUAUGGAGGCGGACAAAAGGGCUGUCAAACCGCAGCAGUAAUAAAAGUGGUCUAUAUUUAACAAUGACCAAAGUUCCUGAUAGUCGCGUUAAAACUGAGGCAAUUAGGCGAAAGGAAGUAUUUUAACUUUUAGCCGAUUCGUUCGAAACUGGGAACUGUUCAGAUUAUCACCAGGUUGGAAUCGUCAAGCUGGGCCUGUCUGUGAGAGAAAAACUGUCGCCGGAUGCUUUUCAGAUACUAGCAACUGCUCCAGCCAUGGUCACGGAAAAUAUUUCAGACCCAAACUACGACUUUUAUGUGACGAUAAUCGAUGAUUCAGCAUUCUGGUUGGCUUUGGCCGUUACUGGAUUUAUCUUGGCCCUCGUCAUUGUCAUUGGAAAUGCGUUUCUGCUCUUCACUAUUUACAAGGAUCCCAGAAAGUCUCUUCGCACUCCGCCGUGCCUUCUGAUCGCAAAUUUAAGUGCGUCAGAUUUACUGCACGGAUUAGUAAGCGUUUCUUUCGUGGCUCUGAGAGAUGUCUAUCGAUUUGAACAAGUACACAUGCCUUACGUUAUGGUGUUUAAGGCUGUAAUAUACACUGUUCUAACUACAACUCUAUUCGUGAGCAGCUAUUCCAUAAUAGCCAUGUCAUUAACUUGUUAUGUCGCCAUCAGUAACCCAAUGGAAUACAAAUCCAUCAUAACCAAGAGAAAAGUGAAGAUUUUCAUCGCAGUUUUAUGGGUGAUAUCUUUAACUACCUGUGUUCUUCCUGUCACGAAUAUAUCUGAGAAGACAUACACGCUGAUUUAUCUGCACACUCACGCUUCGCUGCCCGCCAUCUUGUUGACAGUAAUUUACGUGAACGUGUUUCGUGCUCUCGCGAGACGAUCACGUGAGCUUCAAAAUAACGGAAUCAACAUGAUUGUAAACAGCAAACACGUGUUGGCGCGCGAACGGAAGAUGACUUUUACGAUAAUAAUCAUUCUAGCUCUUUUCUACCUGACUUAUAUGCCUCAAUAUAUUACGCUUCAUCUGCUACACCUUUGUAAGUCUUGCCAACAAUCGAUAACUUUCCACAAAAUCGACGUGAUUCUGUCGCGAUUUUUGUUCCUAAGUUCGGCAAUAAAUCCAUUUAUCUACGCAUGGAGGGUUCCAAAGUAUCGUCUAGCCUUCAUCGAAUGCUUGAAGAUGUUCGGAAGGAAAGUGAAGCACUCGCGGACGGAGGGGGGAUCAGCUUUACUUGGACAUCUGAAACGGGAACAAAAUGUCAGAGAGAGCCGGGUGAAUUUCUUACAGAACACUGACAAGUCAAGCAAAAAUGAUAACGGGCCAAGUGAUUCUACAAGCGUUUAAUAUCAUGCUGUGCAAAUCGUGCAAAUUAUAAAACUGUGCAAAGCCGCCUCCGCCUUCACCAAGACCUUAAAGGAGCUCAGUCACAGAAUUUUAAGUAAUUUUGGCCACGUACAAAAUUACUUUUAAAUUAAAGGAAA